AUGACCAACCACCACAAUUUAUGGAACAACACCGAUCAUGAUUUCUGCAUCCGCCCCAACGAAUUUCAACUUCCGAUCAAUGACGGAAACAGGUAUCCCUUUGUUGGAAUCGUGGGUGUAGUUGGAUUCCUUUGCACAUUAAGCUCGUCGUUCUCGAAUCCACCUACUUCGUUUCUAGUUUGUUGGAGGUUUCUCAAUAAUGGAAGUACGGUGUAUAAGAUGGUUUACCUUGAUCCAUCUCUCAAAGACAUUGACUCCGGUGAAUCACAUGUUUGCGAGAUUGUUAGUGCCACCAACCAGCUUGUGUGCUGGCAAUGA